AUGGCUUAUAAAAGAUCGAGGAGAGAUGAUGGGUUUGAUGGACGGAGAUGGAGUUCUAGAGGACAAGGACUUUUUGUGAGAAAUGUGCCAUUGCUGACUGAAGUUCCAGGCAAUGUCACCUUCAAAAGUUUUUCCUCCAUAUGCCAAACCUCUGAGGCUCCUCUUUCACUUAUCCGUCGAGUCGAGUCCCUUUCUUACAAGGGUGGAUUCCUAGGAUUUAAGAAAGGCGAAUCCUCAGACAGGUUGAUAAAUUCACUGGGGAAAUUCAGUGGAAAGGAAUUCGUCAGCAUUUUCAGGUUCAAAACAUGGUGGUCUACUCAAUGGGUGGGGAAAUCGGGCUCAGAUUUACAGAUGGAAACACAAUGGGCUAUGAUAAGUGUACCUGAAAUAAGGUCUUAUGUUGUAAUAAUCCCAAUAACUGAAGAGAAAUUCAGGUCUGCACUUCAGCCUGGACUCAAUGGACAUGCUAUGAUUUGUGCCGAAAGUGGCUCAUCAAAAGUGAAAGCAUCAUCUUUCGAUGCUAUUGCUUAUAUUCAUGUUUCUGAAAAUCCUUACACUUUGAUGAAAGAGGCUUAUAGUGCAGUUAGGAAAGCUGGUUCAAGAUUCAGAAUAACAGAAGCUGGAACAAGAGCAAAACUGAUAUCCGACCAGGGUAUUGGGUACAUUACGCCAACUACAACAAAAUCAAGAAACACUGCUAAUAGGCUAUAG